GGAGCCGCCGUCCUCCCCUUUGUAACGUUUACUUACGAAAUGAACCCGAGGGCGCUGCUGAUUGGCUGGAGCAGGGCGGCUUCUCGGCCGCGCAUGCGCAAAAGGGGAGAGGCGCCGGGAAGCUUCCGUUUCCUUUCUUCGCGGUCUCUGAUUGGACGAGAAGGAAGCAGCCGCAGAAGGGGCUCACAGCAACGGCAGCAAGACGGUUGGGGCUGGCUGGAGGCAGGCGAGGAGCCGAAGGGGGAAGAAUAUUGCUUUUUCCUGGGCUGAUCAUACUAAUUUACUGCAUUUUCAUGGAAGUACAUCACUUUGAAGAGGAACUAAGAUGUUCCAUUUGUUAUAAUAUAUUUGAUGACCCCCGCAUUCUGCCAUGUUCUCAUACAUUUUGUCGAAAUUGUUUGGAUAGUGUUCUUCACAUGUCCAGCAAUUUUUCCGUAUGGAGACCCUUAAGGCUUCCACUGAAGUGUCCCAACUGUAGAAGUAUUGUUGAAAUUCCUCCAUCUGGUACAGACUCUUUGCCUGUAAACUUUGCAUUAAAAGCUAUAAUUGAAAAGUAUCAGCAAGAGGACCAUACGGCUAUGGCUACUUGUAGUGAGCAUUAUAGACAGCCAUUAAAUGUUUACUGUCUUCUAGACAGAAAGUUAGUGUGUGGCCACUGUCUUACAAUAGGAAAACAUCAUGGCCAUCCUAUUGAUGAUCUUCAAAGUGCCUACAUGAAGGAAAAAGAAACACCUGGCAAACUACUUGAAGAACUGACUGAUAAACACUGGAGUGAAGUAUGUUCGCUAAUGGAAAACCUGGAGGAACAGAAAGCUCAGUGUGAGAGCAUUGUGCAACAGGAUAAAAAAACUGUGUUGCAGUAUUUUAAGAGACUUGAUGAUUCACUUGAUCAUACAAAACAAGCUUUGCUUGCAGCUUUGGAUGAAGUGAACAUGCAGAUAAUGGCAGAAUAUGAACCUCUCAUUGACAAGAUGAAAGCAAUACGAGAAGAACAACUUGAGCUUAUGUCACUGAAUACAGUUAUUCAGAACGAAGAGUCGUCACCCCUUCAUUUUCUAGACAAGGUUGAGGAUAUGCGUAAGCGAGUUAAAGCACUGAAGAAAAAACCUUUACCAGAUAUUAACCAUGUUGAAAUCUAUCCUCGAAUGGAAGAAGUGUUGAAAGCUGUGUGCACCAAAAGAUGUGAGAUCAACAAAAUUCUCAUUCCCAAAAUAAAGCUGAUUUCAAAAGGAAAAGCAUUCAGCCAUGCAAAAGAGAAAAGACCAUCUAAAGAAUGGUUGUGGCCCUUACUACCUUUGGGAGUUAUACUGAUUUCUUUGCUAGUGGCUAUUACCUUCUUUGGACAACAUUUAUUAUCAUUUAUAAAUAAAGUAGCCUCUCCAUAUGUUCUAGGUGCCUUUCAAACAGUUUAUCAAGACACAAGUAAGAGGUUGCAGGUAGCGAUAGAAGCUUUGUGUCAUACCUCUAAUCUUUUUCUUGACUAUCUGUGUAGCACUUCCUCUUCCAUGUGAAUAUUUCAAGUAUCAACUUUUACUGUGUUUUGGGUUACUGGAAUUUUUAAUGGAUUAGCCUGAUGCUGAUCUUAAUAUGGAGUCUAUUGACAACUGGCUCAAACUGACAUUUUCAUAGAGAGCCCUGUUAGUCAGUUUUACUAAAUUACCUUAGCAUUGGAAACAUAUAUAUGAUCAAAUGUUUAGUGUCAAGAUCAAUCUUGGUUAAAAAAAAAUGAAAAUAGUUCCUUUGAAUUUUUAGUCCAGAAUGUGUGCACAGGCUACCUCCAGCAAAUAUGACUAUAAACAGCUAAGAUCAAGGAGAGGCAAACUGUAGCCCUGCAGAUUAUUCUUAGAAAGUAACUCACAUCAUUCAUCAUAGGUUAAGAUGGUUAGGGCUUAAUGAAUUGUAAUCUGACAAUAUCUAAAGGUGCCAUUUGCCUACCAUUCGAAUUAAGGGGGUUUUGUAGGCAGAUGGGGAGUCAGGCCAGAUUGUGGCUUCACUUGAAAUCUGUUGUUGUUACAUCUUGUGCUGCCUUCUUUUGUCCUUUCUAAAUUAUUUCAUGAUAUUUUUAUAAGCACAAUUUCUUGCUGUGUAUUUCAUUUAAAAAAGUUGAAAUUAGUAAAAUAUUUUUAUGUAGACAGACCUAAGCUUCCUAUAACCUUUUAAGAAAGUUCUUCUUCCUAUUGGUGUUUAAUGUUGGACAUCAAAGGUUCAUUUUUCCAGAACAAAGCUUUUAACUCUUACUUAUUAUGAAAAACGUUCAUCAGGGAAUGCUGACUGAAAUAUUUAGAAGGUGCAUGGGGUCUUUGACUUCAUGACUCUUAUCACACCAUCAUUCAUUUGUAUCUUUAUGUAUUUUGGUAAUGAUGACAAGUUCAUAUACAAAAUGUUUAUGCUUUGGCCUUUAAAUCAGAAUAUUUAUUUUGCUGGUGUAAGAUUUGAGUGGACCAGUCUGUUUUGUGGGCUUUUUAAAUGUUCACUGUAGAUACUAAUAUAAAUGCUUGCACUAUUUAUUAAAUUAAAGAUGUAGACCAGGUAAUUUAGACAAGGUAUUUUUGUGAAUUGCACAAUUUAGUGCAAAUCUCCUGGGGCUUCAUGUUUUAUUGCUCAGCAAAGAUUUAACUCAGUCACUUUUAACAAUACCACUUGAAUACUUUGCCUUACAGAUAGAUUAGAGGUGUGUCCUGAUGUUGUACAUGCAGCUCACUAACUGCACCUCAUUUUCCCUUCUAAUGUAUCCAUAUGUAUGAGUGAAAAUCUUCCAGGUGGUUGCCAAGGUGUGUUAAGUUAGCUAAGUAGGUGUACACCUGUUAGCACACAGAAAUAGGAAGAAUAGUUAGUUAGCAAGUUCUGCAUGAAAAGUACAGAUCUGACAGUGAAUUAAUAUAGCUGUAAUCUUUGCUCAAGAUUUUAGUUGGUUUAAUAAGCUUUGUUAACACCAGCCUGAUGACAGAUUUCAAUGUAGGAGGCACUUGAUUCUUUUCAAAUCUUACCACAGAUCAUUUUUUGUAGUUGUAUGUGAGGAAACACUAUUAAAUGAUUGCCAAGAGGAGCAAGCAGGUUCUGUGGGAUUUCGAUGCACUCAUUUUUAUUAUUAUUCUCUAUGCCAGUGCUUUUGUGACAAGUCUGUCAUCCACAUUCCAGAGUCUUAGCCUUUAUUUGUCUAGUGUACUCAUCUUCAUGCUUUUCAAAUGUAUUACUUCUAAAGAAGCUAUUUUUCCAGGUUUCAGGAAUACGGAAUUUGUACCUUUCUAUGUACUAUUUUUAUUUCCAUGAACAAUUUACAAUUAUUUGUACAACAACUUUUAAAUAUAUUUCAAAUAAAAGCAGCAACAACAAAAAUAGUAGUUUGUCAUGGGAGAGCGCUGUAUAAAGCAGGAUUGGGCAACUUGUGAAAUGUGCUGACUACCCAUCAGCCCUUGAUGUAGUGAGCUGUUGGGAGUUGUACUUCAAUAUCUAGAGUGACAACUGCUAAAGUUUACAUUGGGACUUGUUAUUUCAACUUGAUGUAGUGCUGGAAUACAAGCAUGCUUCUGAUAACAAAGCCUCUGGUUCCUUUUGGAAAGUCUUUUUACACCCACUCACUCAUCCUUGGUAUUGUCCUUUGUUGCAGCCCAUUUUUAGCAGCAUUGGCACUGGGUGACAUCCAGGUGUAACCUGUUAAAAUGUCCUGGACUUUGAGAAUCUCCCAGUUGCCACAUGGCCAGAAGGAGGAGGUGGCAGCCUGCAAGAAAUGCCACUCCAUGCCAUUUGAACUGAGAAUGAAAACAGCAAUUUUUUCUCCUGUAAGGUUUUUAACACCUUGCAUGAUGAAGAAGCUAGUGGAGCUUCAAA